AUGAGCCAGUGGAACUGGUGUGCAGAGAAUUGCAAAUCUUCAAACGGAGUAGGUGCUGCUGUUCGCUUGACGAUCGAGAUGAUCAACCAGGUAGUCUUGGAGGCCGACUCCGACGACCCCGACUCAGGCGACUCCUCGACAAAUUCGUCAAGGAGUCUCCCUGACUGCACAGGUGGCUCUUGCGAGAACGGUGCUGUUGAGGAUCUGGGUGGUGUGUUCCUGUCCGUGCUCAACACCUAUAUGAUCCAACAACAAGACGGCACCAUCACGCAACUCACAUUGCCCAAAAACCCGACGCUUGCAAUCGAUCCGCCUCCAAGCACACAGGGAGCCACCCAGCGCACAACAACAUUGGUGCUGGAGAUCCCACGUGCCAACUUCACAUCGGAUUCUGUGCUCAUCUAUGAUCCUCUCCUAAGCUAUUCCAGCAUCAAUGAUGACAGCAGUUUAGAUGUGGAUGACGCAGAUGCUUCCACCAGCACGGAUGACAUCACCACCAGCCAAGAUGGCACUGGAGAUGACUCAGAUGACCCCACAAGCAGCACAGCCGGCGGAAAUGGAACCAGCGCGACCACCAGCGAUGUCUCCGAUGAUUCAGAUGAGACCACGACCAGCCAUGAUGGCACCACCGUCAGUGGAUCCAAUGCAGGCGGAGAGAGUCCCCAAUCCGUCAGCAGCGGCAACAAGGCCUAUCAGGUCUACCAUAGCUUCUGCAUUCUAAUGCUGGGGGCAUACAGUACCCGUAGCCUUGUGAGGAUCUAG